AUGGCUUCUGGUUCUUCUCCUUAUCCCUGGCUGUUGUUCUAUUUGUCUUCUUGCUGCCUCAUCCUUUCUUCUUCCUUCUGUAACUGUAGAGCUCCUCUCUCUGACCCUGACUCAUUAUUAGAUGAUAUUACUCUGGAUACGUUGAGGGAUUCUUUAACGAGGCAGGAGGAUUCAAUCGUGUUCAGCCUCAUUGAGAGGGCGAAAUACCCGUACAAUGCCCCCACGUACGAUCCUUCGUACCUGGGUGACUCUUUGAACCGAUCCCUGGUUGAGGUCUUCGUUAGAGAAACAGAGGCGGUUCAGGCCAAGGCUGGGAGAUACCAAAAUCCUGAGGAGUUGCCAUUCUUCCCCCAAGGUUUACCUCUGUCACUGGUACCUCCUUAUAAUUUUUCACAGAUACUUUACCCUGUUGCCGCGUCUGUAAACGUGAGCAGAACAAUCUGGGAUAUGUAUUUCAAUGAUUUGCUUCCUUCGUUUACUUCUGAAGGUGAUGAUGGUAACUACGGACAAACAUCAGCAUCAGAUCUUGUAUGCUUGCAGUUAUUAUCCAGGAGAAUCCAUUAUGGUAGGUUUGUUGCCGAAGUGAAGUUCCGAGAUGCUCCGAACGACUACACCCCCGCAAUCCGCGUGCAGGACAAGGAUACAUUGACACAAUUGGUGACCUCCGCGAGCGUCGAAGAGAUGGUUCAGAAGCGGGUGAAGAAGAAGGCCAUGGUGUUUGCGCAAAAUGUAACGUUGGAAUCGAAAUGCGGUGUGAAUGACACGGAAGCCGUGUAUAAAGUCGAUCCGAUGGUGGCUUAUCAACUUUAUAAAGAUUGGGUUAUUCCUCUAACCAAAGUCGUCGAAAUAGAGUAUCUUCUUCGUCGUCUUGAUUGAAUUCCGUCACAUUGUUACUACUCUUCCAAAGCCAUCGGAAUAGAGUAGCUUAUUUGUAAGUUGUUACAGCUACCUUGCCUUACAAAGGCAGGUGUGCUGACGUUUCAUACAAAAAAGAAAAAAAAAACAAUAAUCGACUAAAUUGUUGAUUUUGUUACUACUUUUCCACAGGUUUUGUUUCAUUAUUGAGCAGAAAACAAGGAACAUCCUAUCUCAUAGUUUCUGGUUCUUAUUAUACGAGGUGCAGAUGCCAACACUCGAAAGGAACUA